CGGGUGAAAACAUCUCUGUAGAAGAAGCAAUAACUAUUUUACAAUGUUCAGAGCCACCACCACAAGUCUAGUCAGGACGCUUCGUACGCAAACUACAGGUUUGUGUGCACCGGUGUCCAUCUGCGCUAGAAGGUGUAUUGCGGCACUGUCAGCUGAGGAAGCUGAAGAAAGCUUCGAUAUCAAUAGGAAAUUCGACUUGCCAAAAGCAUGGACUAACGCCACACUUGAUCGCGGAGCCAUCUUUCACAGUUUCUCAGACCCCAGCGCCAAUGAAUUGAGGGACUACGUUAGGAAUCUGGCUAACUCAGAUAUUGAGGUAGACGAUAUUGAGGUCAAUCGCCAUGAUCUCCCCCGGGCAUUGAAGGAAAUGCAAGAAUUGGAUCAGCGCGCACUUAUUGAGGGUGAGGGGUUUUCAGUUAUCAGGCCAAUUGACGGUAUCACGUCAGUCAGAGAAAGACGCAUCAAUGCAUUCGUGCAAGCACAGAUUCUGGGCACUACCCCACAGCAGAAUGCCGAGGGUGUCAAGGCCAUUCUAGUGUACAACCGCAACGACGGUGUGCAGAUGAAGCAGGGCGCACGCUAUCAUCAAUCCAGGGACGGAGGAUCCAUCCACACUGAUAACGUAAACAUUCCCGACCUGUGGGACUACAUGCUGUUGACUUGUUUACAACCAGCACAGAUUGGCGGCGAAAGCAUUCUGUGCAGUACACUGGCCGUGCACAACUACCUCAACGAGCAUGUGCCUGAGGCGUUGGAGAUCCUACGAGGCCAAUUCUGGUGGGAGCUGCGUGGAUUCUCAGAUGGAUUCUACCGUGCACCCAUCUUGUUCUACAACGACAAGGGCGAGCCUCUGCUCAGAUAUCUCAGGGAUUAUCUGGAGAGCGCACACAUCCGCCAGGGCCAACCCCUCACAGAUAAGCAGAUGUGGGCCCUGGAUGUCCUCGACUGCGUGUGCGAGAUGUCCACCAUUCAAUUCAGAUACAACAUGCAACAAGGAGAGACCCUUCUUGCCAACGACACUCAACUACUGCACGGCCGAACAUCCUUUACGGAUGCAGAGGCUGCCAAGCAGUCGUACGACUUUGAGAAGGCGAACAACCGACUGUACCAGAGGGUCUGGCUCAAGAAACACGCCGAGAGCAGCUGAUUGAUCUGAAUACAUACGUACCUGAGUACACCAGGAUUCAUAGUAACGUGUGUGCACGUGUUUAUCUAGUCGUGGAUACGUAGAGGAGCAGAUACAUAACCUGAUGUAGGCUUAAGUCGAUGGUGCGUGCACGGAAUUGCGACCGGUAGGUGCAUAUCCCUACGUACACUGCAACAAUUGAAUUGAAUACCUACGGGUCUAUAAAUGGCACGUAAGUAAGUUUGGCGGACCCCUCAGCACAGUCGGCAGAUAGCCAGCCGGGUUGCUUGUACUAAAAAAGAACAUAUUGGCUUUUGACAGCGAUCAAACCCAAACAGUCAUGUGUACCCUAGAAACCAUGUAUAGUUUUGCAUAUAUCAUAGGACACACACGACUAUACCCAAAAGAUAAAAGCGGUGCCGGUAGAGAACUAAAAGGAUCAAUUGAACUCCCAGACGGCUAAAGUCGGGGUCUCUAGCGUUAGGCUAGAAUAUGUAGCCUCCUCUUAAAAUACAUAUAAAAAAAUGCGA